UUCACGCCAAGCGGACGCGUAACGGCAACAAAUGCCAGACUAUACAUAGCCAUAAAAUACCAUCCAUCGCCCACAAAAGCCACAAACUAUAUACAAGAUAGACACCGGGCAACAAUAGUGAGCGAUCCGAUCUACAAAACUCAAUUCCGCGACUCGGGCAAAAGUUAUGUGAUUUAGCGUUAAUUCCGGAACUUUUCGCAUCCUGCGUUUUCAUUUUCCAGCGUGGUUUUCGACGCGUGUGCGUGUGUUUGUGCGCAGGACAUAAAAGCUCCGUGUUUUGUUGAUAUACGCAGUCCUUGCAAGGCCAUCGAACAGCUGGCAGUUCCUCAACUCGCACUAGGCAUAAAAACAAAACAAUUUUUAUAAAAACAUUUUUUAAAUAUUUACUCAAGCAAACAAACCAAAACCCAAGAACGAUUUUUAUAAUUUACAAAGACCCAAAAAAUAUACAUUUUGGCUGCUUUUAAAGGGCGGCUGUUAAUUUGUUAAUUGAACUCCAGCCGAAAAGACACAGCGAAAAGAUAACAACAUGUCUUCCAUGGCUGCAUUUGAUCAGUUCAAAAUUGGACUCAAAAUGGUUGACUUUAAGGUCCAACAACGUCGCUACAGGACCAGCGAAAAGACUGUCGUCAGCACCACCUACGGACCCAUCAAGGGUGUGAAGAGGAAGUCCAUCUACGGCCAGUCGUACUUCAGUUUCGAGCGGAUUCCGUUCGCUAAGCCGCCGGUGGGAGAGCUGCGCUACAAGGCCCCACAGCCCCCAGAGGUCUGGACGGAGGUCAAGAGCUGCACCUCCCAGGGACCGAAGCCCCUCCAGAAGCACUUCGUGUUCGAGAUGACCGAUGGCUCCGAAGACUGUCUUUACCUCAAUGUCUACACAAAGAAUUUAUAUCCCACCAAACCAAUGCCUGUGAUGGUCUGGAUCUAUGGCGGAGGCUUUCAGUUUGGCGAGGCCUCGCGCGAAUGUUACAGUCCAGAUUAUCUGCUGCGUGAGGAUGUGGUAGUCAUUUCUAUCAACUACAGAUUGGGACCUCUAGGAUUCCUCUGCCUGGACGAUCCCGAGCUCGAUGUUCCCGGCAAUGCGGGUCUCAAGGAUCAAGUGCUGGCCCUCCGAUGGGUCAAGGCCAAUUGCUCCCGUUUCGGAGGAGAUUCCGCGAAUAUAACCAUUUUCGGAGACAGUGCGGGAAGUGCCUCGGUCCACUACAUGAUGAUCACGGAGCAGACGCGCGGACUCUUCCACAAGGCCAUCUGUAUGUCGGGAAACACGCUUUCUCCCUGGGCCGUGACUCCCCAGAGAAAUUGGCCAUAUCGAUUGGCCGUUCAGGCGGGCUAUACGGGUGAAAAUAACACGCGCGAUGUGUGGGAGUUCCUGAACAAUGCCAAGGGAUCCGAUAUCAUCAAAGCCAACGGGGAACUGUGCAUCGAUGAGGAGAAGAAGGAGCGCAUUGGCUUCUCAUUUGGACCCGUGAUCGAACCCUAUGUGACCAGCCACUGUGUGGUGCCCACGAAACCCAUCGAAAUGAUGCGAACCGCCUGGAGCAACAACAUCCCACUGAUCCUCGGAGGCGUUUCCAACGAGGGCCUACUGUUGUACUCCGAGACCAAGUGUAAUCCCAAGUGUCUCAACGAGUUGGAUGACUGUCGAUUCGUGGUGCCCAUCGAAUUGAACAUGGACAGGGAGAGCGCCCUCUGCCGGGAGUACGGCGAUCAGCUGAAGCAGUGCUACUACGGCGAUAAGACGCCGAGUCUGGACACCCUGCACGAAUACCUUCAGAUGGUCUCCCACGAGUACUUCUGGUUCCCCAUCUACCGCACAGUAUUGUCCCGCCUGCAGUACGCCCGCAGUGCGCCGACGUACCUGUACCGCUUCGACUUCGACUCGAAGCACUUCAACCACCUGCGCAUCCUGAGCUGCGGCAAGAAGGUGCGCGGCACCUGCCACGGCGACGACCUGUCCUACUUGUUUUACAACUCGCUGGCGAGGAAGCUGAAGAACCACACGCGCGAGUACAAGUGCAUCGAGCGGCUGGUGGGACUGUGGACGCACUUCGCCGCCUGCGGAAACCCCAACUUCGAUCCGGAGCAGCAGGACCUCUGGCAGCCCGUCGAUCUGGCGGCCGUCGAGAAACACCAGUUGAAGUGCCUUAACAUUUCCGACGAGCUGAAGGUGAUCGACGUGCCCGAUCUUAAGAAGUUGAUGGUCUGGGAGAGUUUCUUCCGACGCGACGAACUGCUGUAGGGAUGUACAGAAAUCCAUCUAGACUAGAUCUGUAGCUUUACUUGUACAAGGGUGGGUCAUAUUUGGAGACCAAGUAGUAUGGGAGUUGAAUUUAUUAUGGGGACAAUUUUACUUGGUAUGUAAUUCCCAAAGAAAAGAAGAGUCUUAUAUUUUGCUUCUAAGAUAUUUUCUACAAGCAAAUCUUAGUUUUUCUAUGAUUAAGGGAUUUUAUCCCCGAUAAAAACCACUGUCUUAUGUGACAAUGUUUCAAUGCUUUUGGCAUCCCCAUAAAGUGAACCCACCCUUACCAGUUAUGAUUAUGAAAGCUUUACGUUGAAGCCUCUGUUUGAAACAAUGCAAAGCGUAGCUUUAGACCUGAGAUCAAGAGAGUUUACUGUUGUUAAGUUUGUCGUCGAGAUGAAUUCUAUGUGUGUUAAAGUUCAUCCGUUUCUAUCUAUAUCUUAUCGGAUCGAAUCUGUAGUCUAAGAAGGCUGUUUGUAUGUAGUAAUGACUCAUAGCCUAUGAGUGUGAAACAAGUCGCAACUAAAGUACCUUCUAUGAGAAACUACCAAACCAACUAAACCAAACUAAACAAGACAGCCAAGGAAUCUGAGCUAAGAACUUAUAUUUAACGUUCCUUUAAGUCUCGCUGAUAUCUUUGAAAAGCCAACUAAUAUCAACCGUAUUUUAUACAAUUCACUUUAUUCGAGAUCGUUAUAAGUCCUCAGCACAAACUUGAGUUAAGAGUUCCAUUCUUUUUUCUUCCAUUACCUAACGUACGCACACAUUUACAACAAGGAAAUUUCCAUUUGUGUUUCAACAACUAUAUAUUUAACUGAGACAACUAGUUAACCGUAACCAAUUUAUUUAUAUUCUUAGCCUAAGUCUUUUUAGAUAUUUAGCCUUUUGUAUGCAUAGGUUGUUUUUGGUAAAAUGUUAUAUUUGAACAAGCAGAAAACCUGUCCAAGUUUUACAUCAUUUUUAGAAUAUGAAAAAGAAACCAAACAAAAACUAUUUAUAUGGAGUCGUUUAUGAGUGUCUACAAGAAGAUAACGAUUUAAGUCGGCUGGUUUAAAUUAGUUUGCCUACGAAUUCUCUAUGUAUCCGAGUCUGUUGGAAACACAAAUUUAUUGUCGAAAAGCUUCAAAGUCAUGUGAUGCAAAUUAACUAUGAAAUUUGAAAAUGUAAAAAUCCAUAUUUUAU